AUGAAGGCAUUAAAGAGAGGCGCAUCUACGAUCGAGUUUGAGGCUGUAGAUCUGACUCAUGCAGACUAUGUAGAUCAACGAUUUAAUAUUCUGGAAGCACUUUCUGCCACUGGUCUGCGCUCCAUCCGUUAUGCCAAAGAAAUUGAACAUGCUUCUGAAAUUAUUGCUAAUGAUCUGUUGGAUGCUGCUGUUGAGUCAAUCAAGCGCAACGUUAUUCAUAACAAAGUUGAAAACAUUGUUCAAUCUCACAAAGGUGAUGCUUGUCAAGUCAUGUACCGUACUGUUGGGACUGAAAAGCGCUACGAUGUUAUUGAUCUAGAUCCGUAUGGCUCUGCAGCGCCUUUUCUAGAUGGUGCAGUUCAGUCAGUUUCCGACGGAGGUUUGCUUUGUAUAACAUGCACAGACAUGGCUGUACUUGCUGGUAGCCAACCAGAAAGUUGUUGGUCCAAAUAUGGAGGCAUUAAUAUUCCUGGAGCUCCUUAUACUCACGAAAUGGCAUUGAGAAUUCUUUUACACUCGAUUCAAUCUACUGCAGCUAAAUACCGCCGUACCAUUGAGCCAUUGUUGAGCUGCAGUAUUGAUUUCUAUGUCCGAGUUUUUGUUCGUGUUCGUGACUCUGCAGCUCUAGUUAAACAGGCAGCUAGCAAAACAUCAAUGGUGUUUCACUGUUCAGGCUGCAGGAGUUUUGUUUUGCAGCCUAUUGGCAAGUUGAAUCAAAAAGCAAAAGGCAUUCGCUAUGGCCCUGCAGUUGGGCCAUCUAUGGACAAAAUGUGUGUUCAUUGUGGAAGUAUUUGCCAUAUGGCAGGACCAUUUUACUCUGAUCCGAUCCACAAUCCCGAGUUUAUAGCGCGCAUGUUGGACCAUAUUAGCAAUGUAGGAUUGCACAAGUAUGGGACUCAUACUCGUAUGGCAGGCAUGCUUACUGUUCAGUUUGAGGAACUGCCCAUUCCUUUAUACUACACUCUUUCUACACUAGCAGGAGCGAUUCACUGUCAAUGUCCAGCCUUGAUUAAUUUCGUAUCUGCAGUGAUUCAUGCAGGAUACAAAGUAUCACAAUCGCAUGCAGCACAAGCAUCCAUCAAGACAGAUGCACCAGCAGAAGUGAUUUGGGAUAUUAUGCGUUGCUGGUGUAAGCAACAUCCACCUUCGGAGAAAAACAUGUCACCAAACUCUCCAGCACGAACACUUCUUGCGAUUGAACCCAAGAUUGUAGCCAACUUUGAGAAACACCCCAAAGCGAUUCCAGAUUCACGCAAGUAUCAACUAGUGCGACACCAAGAGAACCCAACAGCAAACUGGGGACCCAAAGUAAGAUUGACAUGA